AUGUCGUCCAUCAUCACUCCUCUCAGAGACCCGCUCGUCUUUCUGUCCCAGGUCAUAUGCUCCGUCUUCAACGACGUGUUUGCCAUGACCUCCGGGCUCCCUAUGGCAGCGGUCAACUUCUUCAUUGGCACUCUCAAGAUGGUGCUGCGCAGAGCGGGUAAUACUUGGGAAGCUGCAGGAGGAAUGAGCAAGUUAAUGGCCACAUGCCAUAUCGUUGUCAUUGUAUUGAUCGCCAGCGGUUCCUAUGGCUAUCUGCAGUAUCGAAGUCGCCAAGGAUGCCCCGUCAAGGUUGGAAAUGGGCCUCGCCAAAACUCGCCCAAGACCCUAACUCCCCAAAAACCCGCCCAUGGGACUGCCGUCUAA